GUUGCUGAAUGCGAGCCAGCUGUACUAGCCCUUUUGAACUCUUUUUAGUUUUAUUCGUCUCAUAGCUUUUAUAGCGUGCGGUAUGCAUAUUGGAUAAAAGUUUUGAAAUCCGGUUGCUGGUCAAAUUUUAAAAUUCGUUAAGAAUAAAAAUUUAAAUAAAUAUCACCAAUAACUGUCCAGAAAAUUUAUAAUUCAUUAAAUAAAUAAAAAGUGCGAAAAAUAUUGUGUUCAAAUAUGUUUGCCAAAAUAAUUUUAAAUAUCAGCAUUUUGCUAAUUGUUUGUGGCCUUAAAGUUCAAGGAUUUCAAAUGAACAUGACGCAAUAUUACAAAAUGCCACCCUUGUAUGACUUCGAUAACUAUGAUCGUUGCCUGCAGGAGUUCAAUGAUGAUCAGUCGAUGUAUUGUUUUGUGCGUGCAGAUGUCUUGCCCGAACCUAAGGCGGAAGCUUGGCAGGUCAUUGAAAGUACAUCGAAAUACUAUAAACACCAUUUCAAUCAUGCCCAUCUGUAUUUUGGCGUAUGUGUCGAAUGGUGUCGAUGGCAAAUUGAUAAAUUGCCAAAAGACGUAGCUGAAUCUUUAUACAUAGGAAUAUUGAAAAAUAAUACUAAGGUUAACACAUAUUUAAAGUUAUUUCAAUCGGAGGAAUCAAAUCAUCAAGUAUGGAAUCCACUCAUGAAUCAAUGUGUUAACCUGCGCCUUCUGAAGUAUGGACUUAUAGCGGAAAGUGUCAUCGAAUAUUGUAACAAAAGCAAUGAUGUUGUGGAAAAUGAUUUGUGGAAUUUUACAUUCUACAUUGUUUUGUGCACACUAGCACUGCUAGUUGUUGGCAGUAGUCUCUUCGAUUUAUAUCUCAAAACGCAAAAUAAUGAUAAAUUGCUAACGGAUCGGGAUCAUUACAAGGCACCACCAGCCGAAAUUGUCUCGAAAAUAGGUGUAGCUUUCUCAAUUGCCCGCAACUGGUAUCGCUUGAAUCAAGAACCUUCUGGCAAAGUAGGCAGAGAGUUGCGAUUCUUGGACUGUUUUAAAUUUUUUGCCAUGUUUUUGGUUAUAUUCGCACACACUAACUGGGUGCUUUACGAAGGAGCCAUUGGUAAUCCCCAAGAUCCAGAACGUCUUUUGCAUACCACUGCUGGAACACUAUUGAUGGCCGGGUCACUGAUAACAGUUACCUUCUUUGUAAUUGGUGGAUUUUUGUUAAUGCUAAAUUGGCUAGUAUUUGCCAAGGCAAAUAAUGAAGUGACCACAAGGGAAUAUUUGCUAACUUUUUUAAAAUUCAAUGUAUUUCGAUACUUAAGAUUGACAAUACCGUAUGCCUUUGUUGUCUUAUGGAGUGGUGUGUAUUUUGAAAAUGUUGGUGGACCCAUGUUUCAUCAUAUAUAUGGACGUGAACAACAGUCAUGUCGCAAAAACUGGUGGAUAAAUUUGUUAUAUCUCAACAAUUAUAUCAAUGUCAACGAAAGGUGUAUGCUACAAGCUUGGUAUUUGGCCUCGGAUGCCCAGUGUUUUGUGGUUAGUUUGGUAAUUCUAAUAUUGGCCCAUAGGUUUUCAAAGCAACGCAAAUGGAUAUUUGGAACUACAAUAGCAUUCUUUGUGCUUUUACCGGGCACAUUAACUUAUAUAAACAAUUACCAAGCCAUGUUGGUAGCAUCGCCACAAGUUCAACGUGAUUCUUUUAUAGAAAGUCGCCAAUUUAAUGACUCAUAUGUACCAUUUCACAUGAACUUUGCUUGUUAUUUCUUUGGCGUAAUGUCGGCAUUGCUUUACGAUUAUGUAUCUUCAAAAUCUAUUUGCAUUGCGAAAAACACUUGGGUUCACAUAGCCUUCUAUGCUCUGAUACCCAUUGGUGUUUUAUGGCUUUUCUCUGGACACACAUUUGCCCAGGAGUAUUUUGAUGAGGAGGGAAGACAUUUUUGGGCCAGUGUGUAUGCUACUGUUCAAAGAAGUGCCUGGGGUUUUGGUUUAGGUGCAUUUAUUGUGGGAAUGGCAGCAAAAUGUGGAUGGGUGCUUAGAAAAUUCUGUUGCCUACCAAUAUUUCGCAUCCUAGGACGACUUACAUAUGGCGCUUUUAUGGUACAUCUUUUAAUAUGCAGAGUGGUGGUCGCUACCUUAAGAGAACCCAUCUACUUUGGAACUGGGAUGAUGUUUGCUUUUAUUGUAUUUACCAUGUCGGCAUCGUAUGUCGUAUCAUUUAUACUGGCAAUUUUACUUGAAUUGCCUGUAUCUUCAAUAUUGAAAUUAUUACGGUGAUUUAUUGGACAAAUUUGACUGAUCCUUGUGCUUAUAGAAUUGAGAAUAAAAUUUAUUUAAAUAAGGAAAUUGAAAAUGGAACCUCACUUACCCUGUAGAAACGGAAAACUGAGAACCCUCAGACUGCUCCCGUAAUUCCAUGUAGAAUUUCUUUAACUCUUCACUGGCACUGUCCACAAAGAGAGGUUUGACCUGUUGGCGGGAAUAAACUAAAAAUACAUUUUUUAUAUAAAAUAUUAUUUAUUUAAGUUUAUAAUAAAAUACCUACCAAUGAACUUCUUCAUUAGUGUAAUUGGCAGUAAAUUCAUAUCCA